AUCUAAGUGUACAAGUUUAUUUGUGGUGGUAGCAAAAUAUAUAAUAGAAAUGAGAGACUCUUCUCCCGCUGCAUACAUCCACAUGGUGCAACACAUGAUAGAGACAUGUUUGACCUUUAACAUGAGCAAAGAGGAAUGCAUGGAAGCUCUCUCAAAGAAUGCAAACAUCAAUCCCAUCAUCACGUCCUCUGUGUGGAAGGAGCUUGUCAAAGAGAACAAGGACUUCUUCGAGGCGUACGAGCAGAAGCUUUUGAAAAAUGAGCCAAUGUCGAAGGAAGACACAAACCAGAUGAUUCAGAACAUCAUUUCCGGUUCAUCAGCCGAUUAAAAAACUUAUUUUCUUUUGUCCGUUCUUAAAGAGUGUUCUAUUCUAUGCAUAUGUGAUCCUUCCUUAAGAACAUCUCUUUGUGAUGCAUAUCUCAUAUAUUAUGAAUAAGCUAUAUAUGUGUCAAUGAUCUCAUAGUAUUAUUUCUGUAAAAAUCUUAUGUGUCAAUCUCAUAGCUAUCUAGCUCCAAAACUGAUCCAUGUGCCUAUCAAAAUAUUAAUCCAAACACUGUAUCCUAUUUAAUAAAUAUAGAAUUUGGAA